GCAGAAGGCAGAAGCACGUCAGUCACGUGCGUAACUUUGUGUAUGCGAAGGAUGUCAAAUGUAAAGCAUUAGUCAACAAAGGUGAUCCCGUUGUAAACAUGAGCAGGAGGGGUUGUUGUCCGAACAUCUUCGGAGAUUCCGGCGAGCGGACACCACUGCUCUUCGAUGAAGACUACCCAUCGUCGUCCGGCAGUAUAAACACCAGUCCAGCAUCAGUUACGAGAACCCACGAGCUCGGAUCUCUGAAUCUCCUCUCCCAAAAAUAUGAAAGUUUAGAUUACGACACCUCGGACAACACGAUAUAUCAGGACGAACAGAAGCAUACCACAUUUGCUCGCAUUCGUAACACCAACUACAAACGGUGGUUCAUCAUCCUCGUCAUCGGCGUUGUGACUGCAGCCACGGCGUGUGCGAUCGACAUCUGCAUCGAGAUACUCAGCGACUACAAGUUUGGUGCCAUAAAAGCUUGGAUGAAUAAUUGCAUAAAGAAAGACUGUAUCAUCAUUCCCUACUUGAUGUGGUUGACUCUGAAUGCCGUACCCGUAUUCAUUGGAGCGGUGUUGGUCGCUUACCUUGCUCCCGUGGCGGCUGCAAGUGGCAUCCCGGUAAUCAAGUGCUACCUGAAUGGCGUCAAAGUUCCGAAGGUGGUCAGAGUGGAAACCUUGUUCGUAAAGGCCGUAGGCGUGGUACUUUCCGUGGUCGGCGGUCUUGCUGUUGGAAAGGAAGGACCCAUGAUUCACUGUGGUGCUGUGAUUGCUGCAGGGAUCUCUCAGGGCAAGAGUACGACCUUUAGACGAGACAUGAAGGUCUUCGAGGAGUUCAGGGAAGACCACGAGAAGAGGGAUUUUGUUUCCGCUGGUGCAGCUGCGGGUGUUGCUGCUGCGUUCGGUGCUCCUGUUGGUGGAGUUUUGUUCAGCUUAGAAGAAGGAGCCAGUUUUUGGAACCAGGCCCUCACUUGGAGAAUAUUCUUCUGCUCGGCCAUAUCAGCGUUUUCCCUGAGUCUCAUUCUGAGUGCCUACAAAGGCGGUCAGACGGGCGAACUGUCCUAUUCUGGCCUCGUCAACUUUGGAGAAUUUACGGAUGUACAGUGGAGCGUUAUUGAGCUUCCUAUCUACAUUGUUAUGGGUGCAGUUGGUGGUAUGCUUGGGGCCUUCUACAAUUACAUCAACUUCCGACUGACUGUCUUCCGGAUCAGGUACCUCCACCGGCGGUGGCUGAAGGUCCUCGAAGCUGUCCUGGUUGCGCUCAUGAGUGCCACUGUGGCUUUUCUCAUGAUCGACAUGUCCAAGGAUUGCAGGGCGCACACGGAUGAUUUCGUCGACAACUCACUCCAGUUCAACUGCUCUGAUGGGAAGUACAGCGCCCUCGCUCAGAUCUGGUUCCAGACGCCGGAGCAGAGCGUGAGGAGCUUGUUUCAUCAGCCUGAAGGAACUUGGACUGCCGUGACAUUGGGGAGCUUCUUUGUUGUCUAUUUCUGUUUGAAUUGUUGGACGUAUGGACUGAGUGUCUCCAGCGGGGUCUUCAUCCCGACAUUGCUUACCGGAGCUGUUUGGGGGAGGCUCGUAGGCAUGGGCUUCCGAGAACUAUUUCCAGACAGUGAAUGGUUAGACCUCGGAAAGUUUGCGCUGAUCGGAGCAGCGGCAACACUGGGCGGGGUUGUGAGAAUGACGCUGAGUCUCUCGGUCAUCCUGAUCGAGGCGACUCGCAACAUCACCUUCGCUUUGCCCAUCAUGACUGCGCUCACCGUAUCUAAGUGGGUAGGGGACUUCUUCAUUGAGGGCCUUUACGAUCUCCACUUUCAACUGUCCGGCGUUCCGUUCCUCGGCUGGGAAGCCCCUCCGAAAUCAAACCACAUUCCGGCCAGUGAGAUCAUGGGCUACCCAGUUGUGAAGUUCAACAUGGUCGAAAAGGUUGGCACAAUAGUCGACGUCCUGUCGUCUGUUCCUCACAACGGGUUUCCUGUAGUCGACACGGAUGAUAGGCGUGCUCCCGAGGAACACACGUUCGGACGAUUCCGCGGAUUAAUCCUGCGAUGGCAGCUCAUCGUUCUGCUUCAGCACAAGCUCUUCAAAGAAGACCACAACACAGCAGCUGCGAGGAAGCUGAGGAUAAAACACUUCAGGGAUGCUUACCCACGUUACCCAACCAUUCAGCAAGUGUGUGUUUCUGUGGCGGAGCGUGAAUGCAUCAUUGACCUCAGGCCUUACAUGAACUCCUCCGCGUACACAAUAUCUCACAUGGCAACCCUGCCACGGAUCUUCAAACUGUUCCGAGCACUCGGUUUACGGCACCUCGUGGUAGUGAACAGCAGUAACGAGGUGGUCGGAAUAGUGACUCGCAAGGACCUGGCAAGGUAUCGAACUACGCAGCACUACGGCAGCCUAGGCCUCGAAGAGCUGCAAGUCUCUCACGGGUGAAACCUUGCCGAAAAAAACCGCAUCGAGAUAACGGGCCACGUCACAAGUCGCUGAAUCACCAGAUCUGUUCCAAGACUCAACAACUGUGAAUACUACUUCGAGUCACAACUAAUGACGACUUCCCAUAACUGCUAUGUCCAACAUAGAAGUUUCUGGUUGAGACUAGGCACUGGACACCCGUGCACCUCCAAAGGGCAAAAAGAUGACAACAUGUACAGAACACUUUUCUAAUUUAAUACAUAUUCUCGUAUAAAUACCUCUGCUACUUCA